CUCGCAAAUCUCAGAGGUAGUUGGAAUUGAACGGCAGCAGAGGCAUAUUCUCGUCUCACUCUCUCGUCUCGUAUGCACUUGUCGACGAAAUUAUUGUUUCCAUCAUUAAUAUUCAUCCUGAUACCUCAAGUUGGCUAAUUUUGUGUGCACUGGUUUUUAAACUGCGAUAAGCCACAACUGUGAGGGUAAUAGAAAGCGAACCUUUCUAGCAGAGCAAAUCAGAGAUUAAAAGUUGGCACAUUAUUGUGUGUUGAUAUAUGUGCAUGUACGUACAAUAGUUACACUUGUGUGGGAUUACACUAUAAAAAUUAGCACAAUCAAUUGUCUUUAACCUACAACAACCAAAAUGUCCAUGAAGAGGUAUGAUAACCCGGGUUUCGAUUCGAGUCCUGAGGACUUGAACAUGACCCAACUGAAGCGAAACAGCAUCACGACAGUCUCUCCGGCGGAUAUGAUUGUGAACGACACCAAAGCCGCAGGUCAUGUCAAUAAGGCCGUCGCAGUGAAAAACGCAAUGAAAACCUACUCUGGAGCGGCUAAGCCCGUCCUCAAUAACUUUUCCAUGACCGUGGAAGAAGGGACCAUCUACAGUCUUCUCGGCUCAUCGGGAUGUGGAAAAACCACGAUAUUGUCCUGUAUCGUAGGACUUCGAAAAAUUGAUGGGGGUAAAAUUUACGUAUUUGGGGCCAUGCCUGGAACCAAGGAAAGUGGUGUGCCCGGACGUAGAGUUGGAUAUAUGCCACAAGACAUUUGUCUUUAUCCUGAAUUCACCAUUAAAGAAGCGUUGCAGUAUUUCGGAAUAAUUUAUGGAUUAACCUCUGCAGAAAUAGAGGAAAAACAAGACUUCCUUAUUAAAUUCUUAGACCUUCCACAACGUGAUCGGACCGUGGGAACCCUUUCCGGAGGGCAAAAGCGGCGAGUGUCCUUCGCAUGCGCCUUGAUCCACGAGCCACAACUGCUUAUCUUAGAUGAACCUACAGUGGGUGUGGAUCCAUUAUUGAGAGAAAACAUCUGGAACUACCUUUGCCAAUUAGUUUCUACUCAGCGCACCACCGUCAUAAUUACGACACAUUACAUAGAGGAAGCAAGACAAUCACACAAAGUUGGGUUGAUGCGAGGCGGACGAUUACUUACCGAGAAAUCGCCAGAAGCCCUUCUAAACGAGCAUCAGGCCACAUUACUGGAAGACAUUGUUCUGAAGCUGUGCAAAAAUGACAGCAUGGUCAUGCAAAACACGGCACAGCCUGAUGACGUUGUUGCUCAAGCGAUUGAUGAAGUUUCAUUCCAAUCUAAGCGAAGACUGUCCGUUUCACAAAAUCAAAACGGAACUUCCACCAAUCCUCAUGCCAAACUUCAAAAGUCCAUGUCCAGCCUGUCAGUGUUGUCCACCAGGUCCACGUAUUACAAGAGAAAGCAGUCCGUCAUUGAAAAUGUAAGGGAUGACCUCUGGAUGAGCACCUAUCGGUUGAGGGCUCUGAUCAUGAGAAAUACCGUUUUGCUCAUGAGAAACGUCAAGUUUCUUUUGUUUAUCUUGGCCCUACCCUGUCUCCAAAUGAUUAACACGUGCUUGACCAUCGGAAAUGAUCCGACGGAUCUGAGAAUUGGAGUUGUGAAUAUGGAUGCGGACUGCACUAAUUAUACUCUGAACCUCAACUGCGAAGGAGAUGAACCUUCUGCAGCAUUUCUGAGUUGCCAUUAUUUGGACUUACUUCCAAACAAGACGCUGUCAUUGAUAAACUUUGAAUCGGAAGAUUUGGCUCUUGCUGAGGUACAGAAGGGAGAUUUGUGGGGAUAUAUUAAAUUCCCAGCAAAUUAUUCGCAAGCUAUCUUUGACCGAGUUUUGAGUGGGGGUGACCCCUCUAACGAAACACUGGAGGGUUCUCUCAUAUCUUUUGAGAUGGACAUGACAAGCAAGCAAAUUGCAGAAACAAUUAGGACAGAAUUUUUCUUUACUUAUCAGAAAUACAUUAUGAGCUUAUUUGAACUUUGCAAUUAUGAUCCAAAAGUCGGAAAAAUUCCACUGGACUUCCAAGAACCCGUUUAUGGAACUGUUAACACCAACUUCCGUGAAUUUAUUGCUCCCAGUUCUAUUCUGGCAAUUUUAUUCUUCUUUCCACUCAUUUCUGGAGCUGUUUCCUACAUCAGUGACAAAAAGAACGGAACCCUUGAUCGUACUCUUGUUGCGGGCGUUCAGACAGUUGAAAUUUUGGCCGCUUAUUUUGUAACUGAAGGAGCAGUACUGCUAAUUCAAACUGCAUUGAUCUUUAUCAUCAUGACGCUUGUAUUUAGCAUACAAGUUCAUGGGCCCAUAUUUUGGGCCUUUGUACUGGCUGCCCUCAUCGGCUUUAGUGGAUUGUCCCUCGGGUUCAUGAUAUCCACAAUGUGCACGGAAGAAGUGCAAGCCGUCUUGUUGGCAUUGGGGACCUAUUUUCCAAACAUGUUGCUCGCUGGGAUGGUCUGGCCCCUUGAAGGCAUUCCUAUAUUUCUGCAGUACGUCGCACUGUUGGUGCCGUGCAAUCUUGCUUGUGAAUCAAUGAGGUCAAUGACGACCCGUGGAUGGGGGUUGACGCACAUCAGAGUAUGGCCUGGUUUCGCCUCAACUCUGGCCUGGAUUUGCGUGUACUGGAUUUUAACAAUUGUCAUUCACAGAACUAUCGCCAAGAAAUGAGCUUCUGCUACUUUACGUAAUGUUCCUAUAUUCAUUUUAUUAUCAUUCAGACGCAUAUUCUUUAUUGUUAAAUGUAUGAGCGAAUCUCUCUAUAAACAAUGUAUGUAUAUGUACAUACAUUAAAUUAGCCUCUGUGAAAAUCAUCUUCAAAGUAAAUUAUAAAUAUGUGGGGUACAAAAAAGCUAAUAAAUCAAGUUUACUUCUUGUGAUAAAACGUGA